CUUAAUCUUUUACUAUUUUUUAAUUCGUAAACUCUGUUUCGCUAAGUCGAUUAUGGUACUUUGUUUGAUGUGUUAAGAGAGAAGAAUGGGGAAAGAAGUUGAUUACAGAAAGUUCACUUGGGUGGUUAAGGAUUUCCCCUCUCUCCAAUCCAGGAAAAUUUACUCGGAUGAAUUCGUCGCUGAUGGCUGCAAGUGGCGUCUUCUGGCCUUCCCUAAAGGAAAUGGUGUUGAGUAUUUGUCACUGUAUCUAGACGUUGCUGGUAGUGAGUUUUUGCCUGUUGGAUGGAGAAGACAUGCGGAUUUUAAUUUAACUGUAGUGAAUCAACUCUCUGAAGAACUCUCUGACACUAAAGCAACAAAACACUGGUUUGAUGCGAGUGCUACCGACUUUGGUUUUAAAUCAAUGUUUCCCCUUGACGAACUUCAUGAAAAAGAUGGUGGAUUUCUGGUUGAUGGAGAACUCAGGAUUGUGGCGGAGGUAGCUGUUCUUGAAGUUAUUGGCAAAUUAGACGUUACAGAGGAAUGCCAAGAGACAACUAAAGCUCUGAGCAAGUUAGAGGAAAAUGAUGCAGUGGAGUCUAAAGAUUCAUCGGUAAAGGAAUACGUGGAUGUCAAUGGCUUUCGAGUUUUUCCUUCACAGGUUGAUUCUGUGCGCUGUAUAUUUGAAAGACAUCCGAACAUAGCAUCAGAGUUCCGUCCAAAGAAUCAGCAUCUGAGGUCGGCUUACAUGAAUGUCCUCCUCAGCCUAAUCGAGACGUUGUGCCAGCCCACUCAAGAACUCUCCAAGGGUGAUCUGGCAUACGCAGAGGCUGCUCUUAUAUACUUGUUAGGCGCAGGGUUGAAUCUGAAUUGGUUGGAGGAGAAACUGGAACAAGUAUCAGUAAAGAAGGACAAGGAGGAAGCUGGUGAGACUCGGAUGCAAGAAAUUGAGGAAGAGUUGAAGAAAUUGAAGCAGAAGUGCUCAGACCUGGAAGCUCAGCUAGAGAAGGAGAAAGCAGAUGUGUCUGUAUCCAAAGCUCCUCUCUCGUUCGAUGAUGUUGUUUAACGGCUAUAUAGUUCUAAUAAUCGGCUUAAUUAGGUUGGAUGUUAUAUAUUUCGUGGUUUUUUGAUGAGCCGUUAGGUUUCUUUAAUGCAUUGUGUUUCUUGUAAAGACGUAAUGUGGUUAAAUUUGGGAUUAUCUUGGGUUUCCAACUAAA